AUGCCUUCUACUAGAAAACAAAUGAUGUUCCUUUUAGGUUCACUGGGCAGCUUGGCUGCUCUUUUGAUAGUGUCUUCAUCUCUGGCUACACAAGAUUGGAUUGCAAGUGAAAUAGAUUGCAAGAACAACAGCGACCCUGGGACUGGAAAAUUGGAAAUGAGCUUUGGACUUUUUACUGGCAAUGGGGAGCGAUCAUCAUGCCCUUAUUUUGCUGACAAAUUUUCAAUUUCAGUAUUAAAGGUAGUGAAUAAAGGAACCACUUCGGGACCCCUUCAUGCCUUAGUUGUCACCUUCUUGGCUGUCAGUCUCUUCUGUUCAUUGUGCAGUUUUGGGACUAGUGCAUACAAUAUCUUCAGCAACCCUUAUGAGACUUACUUAGGACCCAUAGGGGUUUAUGUGUGGAGCUCAAUAAGUGACCAAAAGAAGAAAAAUAAUAUCCAUACCUUACUUCCGGAUCCCAAGAUGGCCGCUCAAAUGUCACUUCCGGCAUCCUCUGAUGACAACGCUUCUGGCUCAAUCCAAUGACGGUACUUCUGGUCUCCAGAAGAUGAUGUCACUUCCUCCAUCACAUCACUUCUGGUUACUUUUGACGACGUCGUAUCCGUCCACCAUUUUGUCACU